AUGCCGAGUUUUGACUCUCAAAGAAUUAAACUGAUGGAUACAGUAUCAGUAAACCCCCCAAGAGCCAUCAUUGGUGAUACAGGUAUCAUCAUUAAAGAUCAAUCUUCAUUCUAUUACAAUCAACAUGAUAACGCUUCAUUUUCAUCUUGCUUAAGUUGCUCUUCAUCAAACUCGAAUGGUACGGUGAAAUCUUCAGGUCCAAAACAUAUUCCAUUUGUUGAUAUAUUGAGUGUUCGAUAUAUAAAUGAAAAUAAUGAAUCUUUAUUAGAAGCUGGAAGUUCCACUGUGACUAGUGAUGAACCUGAUGUCGAAGUGGUAUUUGUUAGACAAAAGGGUAAAACUCUUGUACCAACUCCAAUAAUAUUAUCAAUAGAUACUUUAGGUCAUGAUGAUGUUGUACAAGAAAUUUGGAGAUUAAGUUAUCAAGGAACAAAACCAAGAAAAUCAAUAUUAGUUCUUGUUAAUCCACAUGGUGGGAAAGGUAAAGCUAUAAAUUCAUUCUUAACUCAAUCAAAACCUGUAUUAAUUGGUGCUCAAGCUUCUGUUGAAGUUAGACAUACUCAAUAUUAUCAACAUGCUACAGAUAUUGCACGCACUUUGAAUAUUGAUAAAUAUGAUAUAAUUGCAUGUGCUUCAGGUGAUGGUGUCCCACAUGAAGUCUUGAAUGGAUUUUAUCAAAGAUCUGAUAGAGCUGAAGCUUUCAAUAAGAUUACAAUAACUCAAUUACCAUGUGGUUCAGGUAAUGCAAUGAGUGAAUCAUGUCAUGGUACAAAUAAUCCAAGUUUUGCCGCUCUAUCAUUAUUGAAAUCAAGUACGGUAAAUUUAGAUUUAAUGGCUUGUACACAAGGUGAUAAAACUUAUGUUUCAUUCUUAAGUCAAACUGUCGGUGUUAUAGCAGAUUCUGAUAUUGGUACUGAAGCACUUAGAUGGUUAGGUCCUUCAAGAUUUGAAUUAGGUGUUGCUUAUAAAGUUUUAUCAAGAUCAAGAUAUCCAUGUGAUAUAUCUGUUAAAUAUGCUGCAAAAUCGAAAAAUGAAUUAAGACAACAUUUUGAUGAACAUUCCACUAUUGUUUCAACAAAAGAUAUCCAAAUAACUGAAGAUACUUAUAAUUUAAAAUAUGAUCCAAAUGGUCCAAUACCUGAUGAUUGGGAAGAGAUUGAUAAAGAUCUUUCAGAAAAUUUAGGUAUUUUCUAUACAGGUAAAAUGCCAUAUAUUGCAAAAGAUGUUCAAUUUUUCCCUGCAGCUUUACCAAAUGAUGGUACUUUUGAUUUAGUUAUAACAGAUGCUCGUACAAGUAUAGCACGUAUGGCACCAACUUUAUUAUCAUUAGAUCAAGGUUCUCAUGUUUUACAACCAGAAGUUCAACAUUCUAAAAUAAUAGCAUAUAGAUUAACUCCAAAGCAGCAACAUGGUUAUUUAAGUGUUGAUGGUGAAAGUUAUCCAUUUGAAACUAUUCAAGUUGAAAUUCUACCCGGUGCUGCAAAGACUUUACUAAGAAAUGGUACUUAUGUUGAAACAAAUUUUUAUUGA